CUCUUUUUUUCGUAUUUGUCAAAUUCUUUUUUGCACUGGUCUCCUCCUUGUGUCUCCUAAAAAGGACCUACCUGUAUCUUUGAAUCUAGUAUCAACUUCCUUGGUCUUUUAGCUUACCGCUAAAGUCGCCAGAGUUAGCUCAGUGUUACUGCGCUGUGCUCUACUGUGCUUCUGCUCGCGCAUUGAAUCUUUGGAAAACGCCCGAUAAAAACCCCGCCAAUUUUACCCCCUCCUCCACCGAGUGUCGAUGCGAUUCCCUAAGGUACCAACCAACUCUAGGAACUUAUUGGAUCACUGACGACAUUUCUCACCUUUGACCUCCCAACCUACCUUACCACCUCUACCUAACUUAACUGCCCUGCCACCUGCAACCUGCCACUCAACACCUAAAUACCUACCUAAAGAGUGAGUACCUGCCCAAGGCAAGGUACCACCAUAAUCUGCCUUUUGACAACGGCUGGGCUUAAUAAACCCAAACCCUCUUUCCCUCAACCUCCCCUCCCCUCCUCUCCCCCACCCGCCAGCUUCGGCCUCAUCCACCUGAAGCGAAGCUUGACGGCGAAAACCUCCGCCAGCCAUAAACCACCGUCGCGGACUCACGCAUAAUUACAUACACGUACCUGGGACCUUCUGGCUUUCCUCGUUCCGUGUGCUUCUGCCCGCCCGCCCGCCUGCACCUGGUUCGGCUCUCAUAGGAUAACGACAUUCAUUGGCGAUAACGACACACAAGACGUCACCUGUCUAGUGGUCGUCUAGUUAUUUUACCACCCGCUCGCCCACCCUCGCCCGCUCAUUAUUGAGGCGUUGUCCUCACCACCUGAUAUCGGCUGUAUUUUCAGCCAUCCCCUCCUCCUCCAACCUCCUGUCGUCCCGCGCGAACGUAUCGUGCAGCCACUUUCACCAUGAAUGACGAUGAUGCGAUCCAUAGCAUCCACAAGAAGAUCGAGCGCGAGAAGGCUCUCAUCAACGCUGCCAAUUCCAUGAGAGCACAGACCAACAAUGAAGCCGUCAGAUCUCGUCUCGACUCACAAAUGCGAGAUGGUCGUCGCAAUCUGCAGUUCUUUGAGGAGAAGCUGCGCGACAUCCAGAUGCGACGUGUGAACUCUGGUGUUGGGGAUAUGUCCCUUGGAGGAUCUUCUGACGAUGCCGGCGGCCCUCCUGCACCACCUCCCAAGGAUUCCCGAGAAGACAGAGGAUCUGAUCUCAUGCCUCCCCGCCAUCCUUAUGCUCCAGGUCCCCCUGGUGCCACGGCUUUGCCGAAGCCACGUCAAAAUUUCACCAAGUUAGACCUGAUCAAAUAUGAUACACCGCAUCUGGGACCCCGCAUCCAGCUCAUGCUGUCGCAGAUUCAGUUCAAGCUCAACGUCGAAGAACAAUAUCUUAAGGGUAUCGAAAAGAUGGUUCAGCUUUACGGUAUGGAGGGAGACCGCAAAAGUAAGGCUGACGCGGCUGCCCGAAAAGUCGAAAGCAAGCAAAAGAUUAUACUGUUGAAGCAGGCACUCAAGAGAUAUGAAGAACUGCACAUCGAUGCGGAUGUUGCGGACGCCCAAGAUGACGAUUCUAUCAAUGCCCCUAAUCUGAGGAAGCCCCUUAGCGGACAACUAUCGAUUCGUAUGCUGGCUAUAAAGGAUGUCGACCACCUAGCAACUGGUAGGUUUACACGAGGGCCUGAGACCUUUAUUGCCGUCAAGGUUGAGGAUACUGUGAUGGCUCGUACAAAGGCGACCAGGAACGAUCGCUGGGAAGCCGAAUACCAUACCAUCGAAGUUGAUAAGGCCAACGAAAUCGAGCUGACGGUUUACGACAAACCCGCUGAGCACGCCAUGCCCAUUGCUAUGCUCUGGGUCCGAAUCUCUGAUAUUGUCGAGGAAAUGCGUCGUAAGAGGAUCGAGGCUGAGAUGAACAGUUCUGGAUGGGUUUCGGCCGAUAGAAUGGGUAGCACCGGUGGUGGUGCCCCUUCACAAUUCCCCAUGAGCCCAUCUUCGGGCUCUUUUGGGCCAGGCUCUCCAGCUGGCGGCGCGCAAGGAACAGAGACCGGUCCAUUCGGGACUGCUGGUCCCCAGCCUCAAGUGCAAACUGGGCCAAUCGAAGAAUGGUUUAACCUGGAACCUACUGGGCAGAUUCAACUCCAGUUGGCAUUCAACAAGACUAACGCGAACAGCCGCCCCGUCGACCUCGGUCUUGGCCGAAAGGGAGCUGUUCGUCAACGCAAGGAAGAGGUUCACGAGAUGUACGGACACAAGUUCGUACAACACCAGUUCUACAACAUCAUGCGUUGUGCGCUUUGCGGAGAUUUCCUCAAGUACUCUGCAGGCAUGCAGUGUGAGGAUUGCAAGUACACUUGUCAUACCAAGUGUUAUUCUAGUGUGGUUACGAAGUGUAUCAGCAAGAGUAACGCUGAGACCGAUCCCGACGAGGAGAAGAUCAACCAUCGUAUUCCGCACAGGUUCAAUCCUUAUUCCAACAUGACAGCAAACUGGUGCUGCCACUGUGGUUACAUUCUGCCUUUUGGCAAGAAGAACUGCAGAAAGUGCUCAGAAUGCAAUCUUACUGCACACGCCCAGUGUGUUCACCUUGUUCCUGACUUCUGUGGCAUGUCAAUGGCUGUUGCCAAUCAGAUAUUGGACGGAAUAAGAUCACAGAAGCAGAGACAGGCAAAGGUCUCUUCACUAACAGAAAAGACUCUCCGGCCAGGAAAAUCGAGCCCUACCAGCACUCACUCCCCGGCCCCGUCCUACUCCAGCUCGUCCGCACCUCCUUAUCAGCCAGGACCUGCCUCACCUGAGGCAACUGAGGCUGCUAAAGUUAUGUACUCGAACCAGACAACACCACGACCUGGGCAUCCCGACCGAACCUCGUCUAGCUCAACGGCUGCAGCGGCAGCCUCUGCGGCUAUGUCCGGAGGGCCUGGAGGGGCCCAGAGACAACAGUCUGAUUAUGGACGUUACAGUGGAGGGUAUGACCAGCAACAAGAGGAUCCAUACGCUCAAGGGGGCCAAUACGGCGCAGGUCAGCAGCGUAAGUACAACCCGGCUGACUAUGCCAACGUCAACCCUAGCUACGGAGGACAACCGCCAGCUCAGGCUCAGCGGCCAGUGCAACAGCAGCCAACUGCACAACAGCCUCCUCCCCAGCAACCGCUGCCUCCUGUCCCACAACACCAGCCUCAGCAGCAGCAAGCGGGUUACCAACAACCACCACCACUAGCACACCAGCCCCAGUCACCGGAAGCGAUGUCUCCUAAGCAGCAGUCUGCAUCUGGUGGAAACAAGGCACCACUGCCUAAGGCCACAGACCCAGGUACAGGCCAACGGAUCGGGCUGGAUCAUUUCAACUUCUUGGCUGUGCUGGGUAAGGGUAACUUCGGUAAGGUCAUGCUUGCUGAAACAAAGCGAUCUCGCAAGCUCUAUGCUAUCAAGGUGCUUAAGAAAGAGUUCAUCAUAGAGAAUGACGAAGUAGAGAGCAUCCGCUCUGAGAAGCGUGUGUUCCUUGUUGCCAACCGAGGUAGGCACCCAUUCCUCACCAACCUGCACGCAUGCUUCCAGACCGAGACCCGUGUGUACUUCGUCAUGGAGUAUGUUAGCGGUGGUGAUCUGAUGUUGCACAUUCAGCGAGGCCAAUUCGGCACCAAGCGUGCCCAAUUCUACGCUGCAGAGGUUUGCUUGGCACUCAAGUACUUCCAUGAGAACGGUGUCAUCUAUCGUGAUCUGAAGCUUGACAACAUUCUGCUGUCACUUGAUGGCCAUGUCAAGAUUGGUGAUUAUGGUCUGUGCAAGGAAGAUAUGUGGUAUGGUUCGACAACAAGUACCUUCUGUGGUACUCCCGAGUUUAUGGCUCCCGAGAUUCUUCUCGACAAGAAGUACGGCCGUGCUGUUGAUUGGUGGGCAUUUGGUGUCCUGAUCUACCAGAUGCUUCUCCAACAAUCGCCUUUCCGUGGAGAAGAUGAGGAUGAAAUUUACGAUGCCAUUCUCGCGGAUGAACCACUUUAUCCCAUUCACAUGCCCCGAGACUCAGUCUCUAUUCUCCAGAAGCUGCUCACUCGUGAGCCUGACCAGCGACUCGGAAGCGGCCCAACUGAUGCCCAGGAGGUGAUGAGCCAGCCAUUCUUCCGCAACAUCAACUGGGACGAUAUCUACCACAAGAGAGUGCAGCCUCCUUUCAUGCCUCAAAUUAAGAGUGCUACUGAUACUAGUAACUUCGACUCGGAGUUCACCAGUGUUACUCCCGUGUUGACCCCAGUCCAGUCUGUUCUCUCACAAGCCAUGCAAGAAGAAUUCCGAGGCUUCUCCUACACAGCUGAUUUUGAUUAAGCGACUGGACUAACAAGAUUGACGAUUUUGCAAUAUUUUAUCGAGAUGAUGGAGCCGCGGUGAGGUUAUUGUCUUGUCUAUCGAAUACCCAGGGGCGAUAGUGAAAUAGGUGGCCGGACACCGCGGGCAGGUGAUGUCGGUACAGUGAACCCAGGAUGGGCGUCUUAUCCAGGCGCCCUCUUCCCACGUUCGCUGGGUCGCUUAUAGCGGUAGGCUUUCAGGAUAUUGGUGGUUGGGCGAGUAAAACAUACGAGGGCAUGAUUAGUACCGUGCCAUAUUGAGACAGUGAAGCAAGCGAUCUUAGCGGUAGAUGAAUAUCGUAUACAGCAGCAUUGGAAUGCAUGUUAGUUAAUAGAAGCCAGAGAAGAGAUGAUAAAAAAUUAGUUGCAGGCAGGCUAUGGUUUUUCUUAUAUGUUACCCUGCACAGCGGUGA